AAUUCAUGUCAAAAUUCUUGUGUUAUGGUAAAACUACCAAAGUUGCCAACUUCGGGAGUAUUUCGCGAGUAUCUGGCCGCCAUUAUUGCCAAUCUGUGUACCUUUUGCAUGGGAUCAGCCAUUGCCUGGAUGACAACGGCCGAGCGUCAUGUAAUGACGGGCCAGGCCUACAGCUUUACGCCCACCGAAACGCAAUGGCAUCUGGUCAGCGUGCUGCUGCCACUGGGCGCGGCCAUUUGCUGUCUGCCCACAGGUGCGCUCAUGCAGGUGUUUGGCUGCAAGAAAGUAAUGCUGGCCCAGAUACUGCCCUACUUGCUGGGCUGGGUGCUGUUGAUCUUUGCCAACAGCAUAGAGUGCGUCUAUGUGGGCCGCUUUCUGAUGGGCAUGUGCGCCGGCGCCAUUUACUUGGUCGUGCCCAUUUACAGCAAUGAGAUUUGCCAGGUGAAACGACGUGGCGCUAUAGGCAGCUUGUUCUAUGGCUUUGCACUGUACGGCGGCAUGGUCGGCUUUGCCAUGACGGAUAGACUCAAGUUGUGGAUAAGCAACAUGCUGAAUCUGCUGCUGGGCCUGAGCAUGCCCUGCGUGCUGCUGCUGCCCGAGUCGCCCUGCCAUUAUAUAUACCACGGCAAAGUGGACAAGGCUUUGAGGUCCUUCCAAUGGCUGCGCGGUGCGGACUAUAAUGCGCAAAAGGAGAUCACUUUAAUCAUGCAGAGCGCCACCAAGAGCGAGCUGAGCUUGCGGCAUGGCUGGUGCGGCACUAUGAAGCGCAGCCGCACCGUGCGCUCCACCAGUCGAGCCGUGUCGCUCUUGGUGCUGCACCAGCUGUGCGGCAUCACCAUUGCUGGCUGCUACUUGAAGCAAAUUGUGCAGGAGGAUGCCAAGCAGCCACUUUGCGAACGUUGCAUGCUCUUGCUCUUUCUCUGCAUUGUGCUGGGCUAUGGGCUCUGCUUCGUGCUCAUCGAUCGCCUGGGCCGACGCCCCUUGCUGCUCAUCUCGGCUAUAAUUUGCUUCUGCGGUGCAUUGGCCGAGGUUAUUAAUCUGCAGCUUUUUAAUUCCAGCUUUUCUGAAUGGCGCAACUUGGGGCCGCUAAUGAUUUUACUCUUUGGCUACUCGCUGGGCUUGGGCCCAGUCAGCUGGGUCGUCAGUGUGGAGCUGAUUGUUGUUCCCAUUCGAGCUAUUGGCGUCACCACGGCCGUCUGCUGCAAUUGGAUAUUGGCCAGCAUUAUGACCUUUUGGUACGAGUUUGAUCGCUCGCCAUUGUAUGUAUUCGUGCUGAUCGUCAUCGCUUCCAUAACGGCCAUAGUCCUAGUGCUUUCGCUUCUGCCGGAAACUAAAAUGCUGACCCCGGCGGAAAUUCAAGAGAGACUAAAAUCGAUUACAGGCGACAUAGAUUCUAGCGGUGAUUCGGACUAACAUUACUUGUUUUUAUAUUUUAAUAUUUUAAAAUACAUUUAUUU